AUGAGUCGAGAUGGAGGGUUUACUUGGGAGGAGGUACAAAAAGAUGCGCACCUUUGGGAAUUCGGCGAUUCUGGAUCUAUCCUCAUCAUGGCAAACGAUGAGGAACCCACCGACCACAUAUUAUUCAGCACUGACGAAGGCCGUAACUGGAGAGAGUACAUAUUUGGCGAUGAAAAGAUGCGCGUCAAGGAGAUUGUAACCGUGCCGUCAGACACCAGUAGAAGAUUUAUACUCAUGGGCUACUACCCUCGUUCUCCUGUAGUGCACGCGGCUGUGCACAUUGACUUCUCUUCGUUGAUAACGAAGAAGUGCAUUCUCGAUCUCAAUCAUCCCGAGGAUGAUGACUUCGAGUUGUGGAGUCCAAACGAACUCCGCAACGAGCUGUGUCUAUUUGGCCGCCAAGUACUCUAUCAUCGCCGAAAACGCGACGCAAAUUGCGUUGUCGGAAAGUUGCUAGAAUCCAAAGAAAAUUUUGUCAAGAACUGUGCAUGUGAGGACGUCGACUUUGAGUGCGAAUACAACUACAAGAGAAAUGCUAGUGGCGAAUGUGUGCCCGUCCCGGGGACACAGCCUCUAGCGAGCGACGACACUUGCAUAACUGGGGAUUACUGGUAUGAGCGUACCGCGUACCGAAAGAUACAUCAUUCCAGCUGCGAAGGAGGCAUUCGUCUUGAUCGUGGCCUUGAGCACCCGUGCCCGGGUUACAAGAAUCAUGGAGCGUUUUUCUGGUUCAUAUUCCUCGUCAUUCCAUUCGCAUUUGCGGGCCUUGUUGGUUGGUACUAUUAUCGUAAAAAUGGCUUUGCGAGAGGAACCAUUCGGCUACCGGGUGGGGAUGCGGGCCGAAACUACAACUAUUACAGUGAUUCUAGCCUUAGCGCAACAAUUGUGUCCAUCCCAUGGUAUCUCAUGGGCCUCGCAAGUAUGGUAUGGGAAGCGGUCUCAUCAAGACUUGGCAGUGCAACUGGUGGGAUGCGUGGACGCAAUGGUUACCGGACGGUCCCUGUCGAUGAGGAUGCUCAGAUCCUGCGAUUUGAAGAUGAUGAUUAG